AUGUUUGGCUACAACAACAUUGGUAAGUAGUAAUACAUUUCUAAAACAUAGUAUAGUUUAUCAUGCUAAUUUUAAAUUAUAUUUUUAGAAUUCUGGGUUGAUUGUAAAUUCAGCAUAGGAAUAUCUUGUAAAGAGUUGUUUGUUUUACUCCAAAAUUGUGCAAGUGAAAUGUUAGCAGAGUACUGGUUUAUAAGAACAGACUAUAGUAUAAUGGUACUAUGAUUAAAUUUAGCAGGGUAUAUUAUAUAUUUUAGUGUGCAAUUUUAUUUUUGAUAAAUCUUUUAUAUCAUAAUUUGUAAUAAUAGAACUAUCUAUCUUCUAUAUAAAUAAAACAAAGUUGGAUUAGUUACACAAUUUAUAACUCAAGAACAGCUAGACCGAUUUUGAUGAUCUCUGAUUUGUUGGAUUCGUCUUCGCCCCAAAUAGCAGAAUAAUUAUUAAAAUAUAAGAAAGAUUCACAUAAAAAAAAAAAAAAUGGGGAUUUUUAAGUAUAUUUAAUAUGAAUAUCUAAUUGCCUAUUUAUUUAUUUUUGAUUAUUUCAGGGUUACCUUGGUAUUUCAGAAAAGAAAACUAUUAAAAUUAUUAUUGAUAAUAUUAUUUAUACUAUUAAAAUUUCACAAUAGAACACAUUUAGUCCGCCGAAGUUGGAUUACUCACUUUCCAUCUAUUUGUUUUCAUUCAAUUCUGACAUGGCCAAAACCAAGAAUGAAUACCUAUGGAUAAGAUAAUAAUAAUAAAAAUUGGCACCAGCAACGCCUGGUGCAGAAUAGCUAGUUAAUUAUAAUUAACAAAACUACAAUAUGUAUAAAAUGAUUUAAGAAUCAAUAAAAUUCAUGUAGAUAGAUGUUAAAUGCUUUGUAACCAAAUUUUAUCAGUAUUAAUAAUAUUAUUAACCUUCAGCAAGUAAACAUUUUUUAUCUUUUCUAUACAAUUGGAAAUAGUAAUUCAUACCUUAUAGAUUACCUUUUUGGUGUACAUUUUUGGUAUACAUUAUUUUUAAUUUAUAACAUUUGUUUUUAUUUAUAGGUCAACAGGCUGUAAUUUGGAUAUUUAAAAUAGACUGUGCAAAUUCAGAGCACAAAAAGAGUCAAAAACUAUAUACUAUGAUGAUUGAAUUUUAGAAAUCACAUUUCACAUUAUUCAUAUGUGUAUACAUUGAUAAAUUAAAACAAUUUAAAUUACAUAAAGAUGCAUGGACACGAAGGGGCAAUAACAGUAUUGAUAAGAAGUACAUUAUUAUAAAUAAUAUAGUACACUGUACAAUGGUUUCUAAACUGUGCCCAAAGGGCACCCAUUCCAGGGACAGCAUAAUUCUUAUAAAAAAAAAAAUUACAAUUUAUUAUUAUUUGUUUUCAUUGAUUUCAAUUUGCUACUUAGAUUACAUGAGAUAAAUUUUUACUAUUAUGGCAAUUUUUCUGCCUUGUAAUAUUUUAUUGGAUUAUUUCAAUUGGUUAUCAAUGGGAACUAUAGUGGUCAUUUUUUACUUGUGUUCAUAUAGCUGGGCACUUUGACUAAAUUUGAUCCUUAAAAAGAGCACCACCCUUUAAAAAGUUUGAGAACCAUUGAUAUAAUGAUCAACUGUAAAUUGUAGAUUAAGUUGAAUAUUAAUUAUAUUUUUCAGAUAUCUGGAUGGAUUUUAUUUAUUUUGGAUAUGCACACAGCAAGGUGAUACUGAGGUUUGUUUAUGAAUAUUAUUCUCAAGAAAAAAAAAACCAUUUUACUGCUUAAAAUCAGCUGAACUAAAUACAUGGAAUUUAUAUAAUUCUCAUAUGUGUAAAAUAUACCUACACGCAGCCACUAUACAUUCCGUUUUGAUUUUUUAUACUUAUAAUCAACUUCAUUAAAUUAUUACCUUUUUUGGAGAUAACAUUAGUUAUAUAAACUUUAAAAUAUAAAUACUUACAUAUAUAUAUAUAUCAUGAUUUGGAAUGCAUAUGGUGACUUAUCAGGAUCAUAUUUUGAUUAAUACAAAUUCCAUAAAUUUAGUUCAGUGUUAAGACAAUGUUUCUUGUUGCUGCAAUCACAACUUAUUUUAUUACAUUUUCAUUAAACUCAUCAUGCAAACUAUUAUUUUAAAUAGUUGGUCUGUAAUCAUUUCUCUUCCAAAAUUUUGCACUGGAGUCACUUAUGAUAAUUUUUAAUUACCCGAGGGUAAUCUGUCACAUACUUUUCACUAAAUCUUUGGUUUUAUCCAUGAAACCUAGUAAUUUACUAUUACAAUAAUAUUAAACUAUCUGCAUUUAAACUCUACAUAGUAUAUUCUGUUGAUCGUUAAUAUUUGGUUCAAAAUUAAAUUUUUUAUAUCUACGUAUUUAAAAAAGUUGAAAAGUUAAUGUUUAUUUUAUAAACAUAAGUUCUAUAUUUUUUCGUUUUUAUACCUACCUAACCAAUACUUUAUGUAAGUUAUAUGAAAUUAUUAAUAUUAUAAUUUCAUAUGUAGCUAAAGGAUUCUAUUUUGUUUGCAGGAUGACUAUAUUAUGCCUUCAACUAACAAUACACAUAUCCAGAUGAAGAAUUAUAAUAUUUUGAAAAUAUUAUAUUUAAAAGUUCCGAAAAUAUGUAUUAUAGGAAUUCUGUUCCAAUACUCUACAUAA